AUGUCUGGCCAAACUUAUUACAAAGAUGGAUAUGAUUCCACAAUUUCAAAUUCACAUUCUUGGAGAACUGCUGAAAAUUCAUCUGCUUAUUUGUUACCACAUUUGAAACCAACAGAUAAAAUUUUAGAUGUUGGAUGUGGACCUGGUACUAUUACUUAUGGUUUAGCAAAAUAUAUUCCACAAGGUGAAAUUAUUGGUAUUGAACCUACAAGUGAACUAAUUGAAGAAGCAAUCAAUAAUAAAGUGGAUAGUGAUACAGGUCCAAGAGGUAAAGUUAAAUUUGAAGAAGCAUCAGCUUUUGAAUUACCUUAUGAAGAUGAAUCAUUUGAUGUUGUUCAUGCUCAUCAAGUUAUUAUUCAUUUAUCAGAACCUUUAAAGGCUUUAAAAGAGAUGAAAAGAGUUUUGAAAAAAGGUGGGUAUCUAGCUUUAAGAGAUUCAGAAUUAAGAUCUGCAUUGGUUUAUCCUAAACAAUAUGAAGAUCCAAUCAAAUAUUACUUUGAUAAAAUCAGAUCAGAAUAUACAUCAAUCGAUGCAGCAUCAACAUCGAAGCAAUUUACAAUUGAUGCUGGUUUCAAACCUGAAGAUAUUGUCAAUACCACCUCAACUUGGUGUAUUUCAAGUAGAUAUGAUAGAUCAUGGUUUUCUGAAAUUUAUAUUAAAAGAUCAACUAAAUUAAAUUUCAAGCCUGAAGAUAAAUAUGAUCAAGCUCAAUUAGAAACUGCAUGGAAACAAUGGGCUGAUGAUGAUUAUAGUUGGUUUGUCUUACUACAUGGUGAAGUUAUUGCCAAAAAGAACUAG